ACGGAAAUACAGUGAAAAUAUAGUCGUCUUAAACCAUUGGGACGAGAAUGUUUAGCUAAAUCCAGGAUCAUAUGUCCAACUGGUCAUUUUGGAAUUGAACUAAGGAGUGUGUCAUUGUUCAUUUCCAAAGGCACUGUAUUUCGCAAAAAUUGCCCUCGUACGUUUGGAUAGCACAAGGUGUUCGACGGAGGGACACCGGACAAAAUGUCCCUCUUCCAGUCCGCAAUUGAUUUCCUCGCUGGGCCCGGUUCGGCAGGAGCUGCAAGUCGGGACCAGAAUGACUUUGUCGGGCAGAUUGUCGAGCUUGGUGAUAUGAAACUUAGAAUUCGAAGAGUUAUUGCAGAAGGGGGAUUUGCAUUUGUGUAUGAAGCACAGGAUUUAGGUAGCAGCAAAGAUUAUGCCCUCAAGCGGCUCCUGUCCAAUGAAGAGGAGAAAAACAAAGAGAUCAUCCAAGAAGUCUGUUUCAUGAAAAAGCUGUCUGGCCACCCGAAUGUGGUGCAAUUCUGCUCAGCUGCUUCUAUAGGGAAAGAGGAGUCGGACACAGGUCAAGCGGAGUUCCUCAUCUUAACAGAACUGUGUAAAGGUCAGCUGGUGGACUUCGUCAAGCGGGUGGAGCAGAAGGGCUCCAUAUCGUGCGACACCAUCCUCAAGAUCUUCUACCAGUCCUGCCGGGCCGUGCAGCACAUGCACAAGCAGAAGCCUCCCGUCAUCCACCGUGACCUUAAGAUUGAGAACCUGCUGAUCAGCCAACAGGGCACCGUUAAGCUGUGCGACUUUGGCAGUGCCACCACAAUCGCCCACUACCCUGACUACAGCUGGUCUGCUCAGAAGAGGUCCAUGGUGGAGGAUGAGAUCACCAGAAACACUACUCCUGCUUACCGCACGCCUGAGAUGAUCGACAUGUACUCUAACUUCCCCAUCAAUGACAAGCAGGACAUCUGGGCCCUAGGAUGCAUCCUCUUUCUGCUCUGCUUUAAGCAGCACCCGUUUGAGGAGGGUGCAAAGCUGCAGAUUGUGAAUGGGAAAUACUCCAUCCCGCAGAAUGACGUCAAGUACACUGUCUUUCACGAGCUCAUCCGGUCCAUGCUGAAGAUCAACCCAGAGGAGCGUUUGUCCAUCAACGAGCUGGUGAACCAGCUGCAGGAGAUCGCUGCUGCCAGGAACGUCAAUCCCAAGUCCCCCAUCACAGAGCUCCUGGAGCAGAACGGAGGCUACGGAAACAACGGAGCCCAGCUGCCUGCGCAGAUCAACAACAUCCACAAUGCAGGGAUGUAUGGGGCCGAUCCUGACCAAUCAGGCAGCGGCUUCCUGGACAUCCUCAAGGGAGGGACGGAGCGCUUCCUGACCAACAUCAAAGACACCUCCUCAAAGGUCAUCCAGUCUGUGGCCAGCUAUGCAAAAGGAGACCUUGACAUUUCUUACAUCACCUCCAGAAUAGCAGUGAUGUCCUUCCCAGCUGAAGGAGUUGAGUCUGCAAUUAAGAACAGCAUAGAGGACGUGCGGUUGUUCCUGGACUCGCGCCACCCGGGUCACUAUGCCGUCUACAACCUCUCCAAACGCUCUUACCGACCCUCCCGGUUCCACAACAGGGUGUCUGAGUGUGGCUGGCAGGUGAGGCGAGCCCCCAACCUGAGGAACCUCUACAGCAUCUGCAAGAACAUGCACCAGUGGCUCAAACAGGACCAGAGGAACAUCGCCGUGGUGCACUGUCUGGACGGGCGCGCAGCCUCGGCGGUGGCCGUGUGCUCCUUCCUGUGCUUCUGCCGUCUCUUCACCACGGCUGAGGCGGCCGUCUACAUGUUCAGCAUGAAGCGCUGCCCGCCGGGCAUCGCCCCCUCACACAAAAGGUACAUCGAGUACAUGUGUGACAUGAUGGCCGAGGAGCCCAUCAUCCCCCACAGCAAGCCCCUGCUCAUCCGCUCCAUCGCCAUGACGCCCGUGCCCCUCUUCAACAAGCAGCGCAACGGCUGCCGGCCCUUCUGCGAGGUGUACGUGGGCGACGAGCGCGUGGCCACCACCUCCCAGGAGUACGACAGGAUGAAGGACUUUAAAUCAGAAGAUGGACGUGCUGAGAUCCCUCUGGACAUCACAGUGCAGGGGGACGUGCUCAUCGUCAUCUAUCACGCCCGCUCCACAUUGGGUGGCCGUCUUCAAGCCAAGAUGGCCUCCAUGAAGAUGUUCCAGAUCCAGUUCCACACAGGCUUUGUGCCGCGGAAUGCUACCACAGUCAAGUUUGCAAAGUAUGAUUUGGACGCCUGUGACAUCCAGGAGAAGUAUCCCGACCUCUUCCAGGCCAACCUGAACAUUGAGAUGGAGCCUCAGGAUCGGCCCAGCAACAAAUCCCCACCGUGGGAGAACUUUGCCACCAAAGGCCUCAAUCCCAAGAUCCUCUUCUCCAGCCGUGACGAGCAACAGGAGAUCCUCUCUAAGUUUGGCAAGCCUGAGCUCCCACGGCAACCCGGCUCCACGGCCUUCUACGACGCCGAGUCGCCCCAGACGGAGCAGCCUGAAGGCUCCAACAGGUCCGAGUCCGAGUCCCCCCAGGACAACGACCCCAACGCCAACAACUUCUUUCAGACUCUUGACUGGCAGGAUGUCGGUGGUCAGCACGAUGGGCCAGACAGCUUGUCCGGUCACAUGGACGACCAGGACAACCUGAGCGACGCCUCUGAAGACGAGUCCUACUCCUACUCGGCCCCGCCAGGCGAACCGCUGUCCCGCGACGCCAGCGAGCCCUUGUUCGACACGGACUUCCAGUCUCCGACCCAGCCUCCCGAGCCCCAGCCCAGCGACACUGUGGACCUGCUGGGCCUGAACUCGGACGCCUCUGGCCCGCCGGCCCCUCCGCAGGCCAGCACUGAGGGGGGCAUGAGGGGGGCCUCCAGCAACAGCGACCUCCUGAACGACCUCUUCGCCCCGCCCGGGACCGGUGCACGACAAGACAGCAGCAACGACUUGAUUGGAGACCAAGGGGACCAGGAUCUGUUCUUCAACAACGCGCCUAGCAAUACCACCCAGGCUGCCGCUCAGCCUCCCAAAAUGAAUGACUUCUUUGACCCGUUCGGCAUGGGAUCAGGUGCGUCUGCACACCAGCAGUCCGAGCCCGACCUGUUCGGGGACCUCCUUGGCUCAGAGGGAGCCUCCAGCAACUCCAACCCACCUCCAGCCUCCAACUCCAGCCUCUUUGACCUCAAUAAGCUGGCCAGUGAGCCUCCGAAAAUGACCUCGUCCGCCAGCCAGCCAGACCUGCUCGGAGGAUGGGACAGCUGGGCGAAAAGCGGUGGACCCGCUGCAGCAGCCAGCAUGAACGCCAUGUCCAAAAAACCCUCCUUCCCUGCUCCAGGUGUGGCGUCCAUCUCGAAGACCAAGUCACAGAGCUUUGAUCCCUUUGGUGAUCUUGGAAACCUGGGAGCCACAUUACCAGGUUCCUCCAGCGGGGGCUUCGCCGGCUCGGGGUUCAACAUGAAGUCGGGGUCCUCAGCUGCCCCCAAGAGCGGAGGUCAGCAGUGGCCGGCUGGUGGCUCUCAGGCAGGGGCAGGUAAAGGCUGGAUGCCCCCUGCCUCGGCCUCAAAGCCCCAGCCACCCAAAGCGGCCCCCCAGUCCAGCAAACCAAACUACAACGUCAACUUCAGCGUGAUCGGCGGACGGGAGGAGAGGGGCAUCAGAGGCCCGGGCUUUGGCCCAAAACCGAAAGUGAAGGAGGACGACUUUGGAGACCUGCUGUCCACUCAGGGCUUUUCGUCCAAGCUAGGAGAUCGGCGAGGGCCCCGCACCAUCGCUGAGAUGAGGAGGCAGGAGCUGACCAGAGACAUGGAUCCCUUGAAACUCCAGAUCCUGGACUGGAUCGAGGGGAAGGAGCGCAACAUCCGGGCUCUGAUCUCCACUCUUCACACGGUCCUGUGGGAGGGAGAGACCAAAUGGAGGCCGAUGGGCAUGGCCGACCUGGUGACCCCCGAUCAGGUCAAGAAGGCUUACAGGAGAGCUGUGCUGGUGGUGCACCCAGACAAGGCCACGGGUCAGCCUUACGAAGAAUACGCUAAAAUGAUCUUUAUGGAGCUGAACGACGCCUGGUCUGAGUUUGAGAACCAAGGAUCCAAGGCCCUCUUCUGAUUUUCUCUCUCUCUCUCUCUCUGGCCUCUGCACACUGCGUGCAGCCACUCCUCCCAGGCGUGUGGGCUCCCUCUAGUGGUGGGAGAUGGGAGAUGGUGGCCAGUGUCCACACCCUCACCCUCCACACAUAUCACCUCUUUAGCCUUCUCGAGUACCAGACACUGCCAGCUCCCCUGGGCACAGACUGCAGGAGGGAGGUGAACUCAGGCUCCACGCCUGCGAGGAACAUGAGGGUUCAGUCUGAGACAAUCACCAAAACAAAACAAAACAAAAAAAAGAUUGAAAGAAACAAAAAAUUGAGAAAGAGAACGAAAAUGGAUUUGAACAGACUUUUUUCCAGUCAUCCUCAACAGUGCAAAAUGUGAAUUUUGAAAUGCUGGUCGACCGCGCACCGUCGGGGUCAUCAUGUCACGUCUGGCAACAGACUGUAAACAACUCCAUCACACUCCUGGGAUUGUGAAUGCCAGGCCGGGGGGUUCCCCUUUACAAUCUUCUUGAGUGACUGCACUGUGUCACGGCUAUGUGUCACAGGUUAAACACACCCACACACCCACCCAGUAUGCUCUGAGCCUGGCAACGGUAGCCUGCAGCCUGUGUCUGACACUGCAAACCCAUUAUGAGACAUCUGACGUAGGAGGAUGUUUAAAAAAAAAAGGAGGGGGUUAAUUUCACCAUGCUGUUUGGAGCUUUGCGAGAAAACUUUGGUUGUUGUUGUUCAUUUAAUUUCUGCUAGGAAAAUAUGAGUGCUAGUUUUCUAUUGCUUCAUUGUAAAUACUGUUUGUGUGGAUCGGAUGAUGUGGGUGCAUAUUGAUAUUAAGCAUUGUAUGAAUGAAUACAUGAUGGCUGAAUGAAUGAGUGAGUGAGUGAAUGUAUGAAUGAGUGAGUGAGUGAGUGAAUGGAGGAGGUGCACUGAAUCGCCACCUUCUAAGACUUGCUCCCAUCAUGUCUUUGUUUUUGUGAUUAUUGGCCCUCAUAUCCACUUUGGGCCUGUACUGUUUUUUUUGCCACCCAACUCAUUCACUGUUAUUAUGUGUACAUGAGUGGGCGAGGUAUUUACCGAAUUACGUAAACUCAACAUUUGACUCCCCCCCCCCCCCUUCCUUCCUUAUCUGUACCUCAUGGACCACAGACUUCUAUUUUCUUAUUUAUUAUUUUGAAGGGAGCAUACAUAUACAUGACAAUUAAAUAUUAACAAAGAAAAAAAAUCAUAAUAUAUAAAUUGAAUGUCUUUUCAUGGAGGCUAACCUAACUUUGUGAGCCAGUCAUUUUAGCAGGCAUUCCAAAGCAUCCACUAACCUGAAUGUGCUUUUUAUAAAGUCCGUGUCGGCUGUAUGGAAUGUAUGUUCAUCCUUAACUCUUUACAACUCGUUUGUCCGUUCCUCUCAACAGUACAGUAUUUUCAACCAUGCCCCACUGUCAUUGUAGCUGGCCAGCAACCCACUUUGCCCUUUUCUCAAUUUAAGCUAUGGACUAGCAUCUGAUUUAAUGCCUGCACAAUGAUUGGAGGGGAAAAAAAGCUUAACCAAAAUCUGAUUUUCUAGGAUGAAUGUUGUUGUCAUUUAUUUACUCGCCAGAGUGAUGAAUCCGAUAGAAAACGAUGAAAAUUAUGUAGACAAUUGCAGUUUCAAUUAACUAAAAUGUUGCAUUGCUUUUAUUUGUAUAGCAUAACCAAUCAAAGACGUAUACCAUUCAAAAUACUCAGAAUUGUCACAUGGUGUGUCUAAGUGCUGGAAUGUGGAAAAACAGACGUUAUUUGAUCAUACCCUUGAGAUACAGCACUGGCAUUUAAUAAGUGCUUAAAAAUCAUUGAUCCUGAUGAAAGCCUUAAACUGUACUUCCUGUUUUUUUACAAACCCAUGUGUAAUUGAGCAUGCUUACAGAUUCUACACAGUUUUCUUCACCCACCAUCCAUUUGUGGCAUUGGCUGCAUAGUGUGCACUUUUUAGUGUUAACGCUGAAGAAGUGGUUCAAAUGAAGAUAGAAAAAAAUCAUCAUUGUUCCCAUAAUGCUUGUGGGUGCUUGAAAAGUAUUUUGUGUUUGUUUGAAGAAAACGAUAAUGCCUGGUUGGAGUGGGUGACGCAUUCCAAACAACGCAUCUCAUUAUUUACAGGAAAGAGGGGAGUUUUCAGUGUGUGCUUUUUUCUUUAUACAGUUUUACUGACUGAUGUCACUGUGCUUUGUUGCAAAGUUGCACUGUCAUGCAAUAAGAGUGACAGGAUGCGUCAGUGCGUUGUCUCUCUGAGAUUGGUCACUGGCGUUCCAAGCUGAAAUGUGGAAGAAGCUCAAUUAAAGGACCUCACGUAGCAGCAAAACAUGUUUGAAUGAUUCAAGCGAGUGGAUGCAGUGUUCUUUUGGAAGGAGAGUGAUAAAUGGAUUCCAUUGUGACCAAAAUAUUCAGGGCAUUGGGAUUUAGUUCUUUUGCUCUUUAGUUAGUACAACUAUUACUAAAACCUUGUGAUGCUCAGUGCUCAUCAUGUGUGCGUGCUGUGUGUUUUUGUAUGCCUGUUGCGUCUGCUAAGUGAGACAAGUGAAGUUAUGCUUUCCGUUCUUAUCUCUGUUCUCCUUGUGUAUUUUUCUUUUUUUAUUUCAUUUUCCAUUCUGUAUGUGACCAAUAAAAAAAAAUAAUCAAU